CUGAUAUUGUGGUUACAAAAUUUUGCUCUAAACUUUAAAAAAUUCCAACAAUUUACACGACCUUACAAUAACCUUUAUAAAACUUCUCACAAUAUAUAUUAGAUAUGUCCACAGUAAAGGAAAAAUUAAUGGGUCACGUAUCCGAUAACGUUACAGCACCGAUUGGCAAAAUAACAGUUGUUGGAGCUGGUCAAGUUGGUAUGGCAUGUGCAUUUAGCAUUUUUAUACAGGGUUUAGCUAGUGAAUUGGCGUUAGUUGAUAUGCUUGAAGAUAAAUUGAAAGGUGAGCAAAUGGAUUUGCAACAUGGUUUGGCAUUUGUACGCAAUGUCAAAGUUAAUUCUAGCAAAGAUUAUUCCAUCACCGCUAACAGCAAAAUUUGUAUAGUCACUGCUGGUGCCAGACAAAAUGAAGGGGAGAGCAGAUUGAGUUUGGUUGACAGAAACAUUAACAUCUUUCAAAGCAUAAUCCCUCAAUUGGUGAAAUACAGUCCCAAUGCGAUAUUACUCAUUGUAUCUAAUCCGGUGGAUAUUCUCACUUGGGUGGCAUGGAAGCUGAGCGGCCUUCCCUCUCACCGAGUUAUCGGAAGUGGAACUAACCUUGAUUCUUCCCGAUUACGAUUUCUGAUAGGGGAGAGACUAGGCAUAGCCCCUUCCAGCUGCCAUGGAUGGAUCAUAGGAGAACAUGGCGACUCUAGCGUUGCCGUCUGGAGUGGGGUCAAUAUAGCCGGGGUUAACUUAUCCGAGGUAGACCCAAAUAUAGGCACUGGUAAUGACAAAGAAAAUUGGGAGUCCAUUCAUAAGGAAGUCGUCGACAGUGCUUAUGAAAUCAUAAAGUUGAAGCAAUACACUUCUUGGGCCAUAGGAGUAACGGUCGCCAGCAUCUGUUCCUGUAUUUUUAAAAAUCUUCACAACAUCCACGCUGUGUCUGUGUGCGUCAAACGCUUACGAAAUUAUAAAGUUGAAGGGUUACACCUCGUGGGCCAUAGGGGUGUCAGUAGCGAGCCUCUGUUUCUCUAUCUUUAAAAACCUUCACAAUAUCCACGCUGUAUCUAUAUGCAUUAAGGGUUACCACGGCAUAGAUAAGGAAGUAUUUUUGAGCCUUCCUUGCGUCCUCGGGGAAAAUGGUGUCAUGGACGUCAUAAAACAACCACUCAAUGAACAAGAAAGACAAAAAUUGUAUAACAGCGUAG